AUGAGUGCUGUUAUUGAUCUGACUGUGGAGGAGAACAUGCGUCCUGUUGACAUGGACCUGACUCUUAAUGCUACUGUCAGUUCUUCACCUGAACAGGCUGAAGAGUCAGGUGGUUCAGAGCCGCAGACCAUGAGCGUGUUCCUCAGAGUGCGACCGUUUUCCAAAGAGGAGCUUUAUAACAAUGAAGAUCAGGGCUGUGUGGUGAUUGAAAACACCCAGACCGUGACCCUGAAAGCACCAAAAGGUUCUGCCAAUAUGAAGAGCAGUGAAAAGGGCAUCGGCAUGUCCAUCCACAAGUUCUCCUUCUCACAGAUUUUUGGACCACAAACGUCUCAAUCUGAGCUUUUUGAGGACGCUGUCAAAAGCCAAAUGUCAGAUUUCUUAGAUGGGAAGGACGCGCUGAUCUUCAGCUACGGUGUCACCAACGCUGGGAAAACCUACACGAUCCAAGGAACUCCCAAAGACCGGGGGAUUCUGCUCCGUGUUCUGGACUCCACAUUUCAGCGCAUUGAAGGCCACCAGUACGAGGGGAUGGACCUGAAACCGUAUCUCAGAAACGACGUCCAGUGUCUGAAUCCAGACCAAGUCAAGCAGGAGAAGAGCCUCAGGGCUGCUAUUUUGGCUGCAUUCAAAGAGGAGUGUGAUGCUCUCAAAUUUGGAUCCAGUUCAGAGUUCCUUCGUUGUUCGGCCACAAGCCUGUCAUCCUCCUCCUCCUCUUCAUCUGACACUGAAACAGACGUUGGCCAGUUUGCCUUAUGGGUGGCCUUUUUUGAGAUUUACAACGAGUGUGUAUACGAUCUGCUUCAACUUUCCCUCUGCUCAAAGUCUAAGAAACGAGCUGCUCUACGUGUAUGCGAUGACGGUGCAGGAAAUGCAUAUGUUAAAGAUCUCAGGUGGAUCAACGUCCAUAAUUUGAGCGAAGCCUGCAAGAUCCUGCAAUAUGGAAACAAAAACAGAAGCGCAGCAGCCACUAAGAUGAACCAGUCCUCCAGCAGAAGCCACAGCAUAUUUACCAUGAAGCUGCUGAAGACUGAUGGUGAUACAGUUAAAAGCAUCUCAGAGUUUUCUCUGUGUGACCUGGCAGGAUCAGAACGGUGCAACAAAACAAAGACCUUUGGAGAAAGACUGAAGGAGGCGGCAAAUAUAAACAACUCCCUGCUCAUUCUGGGAAAAUGCAUCACUGCUCUUCGCAAUAAUCAGACUGACAGAAUGAAGAACAGCUACAUUCCUUUCAGAGAGAGCAAGCUCACAAAGCUAUUUCAGACUUUUUUCAUCGGCAAAGGAAGAGCUUCAAUGAUAGUCAACAUCAACCAGUGUGCCUCGACCUACGAUGAGACUCUACAUGUCAUGAAAUUCUCUGCCGUUGCUAAACAGGUGGUGCAGGUGAUUCCAGACAAGAACCUUGAAUCUCUGUCUCCUUGUCUGGUCGGUCGGGAUGGGAAACCUCUAGUGAAGAACGGGGUGAUUGACAGCGAGGCCUUGGAGAGCUACCUGUCUGAAGAAGAGCUGCUGGAUGAGGAAGAGGAGGCUGAUGUGUCUCUACUGCCACAGAAAGACCUUCUCAGUAUGAUUGAGAAUCUCCGGACAAAACUUCUGGCUGAGAGACGAAGAAACCUUGUCCAGGAAGUGGAGAUCCGCAAAGAAAUGGGAGAUGCCAUGUUGCAACAACUCAUGGAGAGUGAAGAACUCCGGAGUCGCGAAAUUGAAGAGCUCAAGGAAACGUACCAAGAGAAGUUGGAGAACACGUUUGAGAUGUACAAGGAUGCUAUCAAAGAACAUGCCUACCAGAGCGCCAUGAGAAACCUGGAGGACGACUAUGUUCCACUGGAUGAGUUCAUGGCUGAACAAGAGAAAGUAGAGACUCUGAAACGUAGGUUGACCGAGUUGGAGACCUUAAGAUUUAGAGAAAGAGGAGGUGGAGGAGUGUCUUCAGUUCUUACAGUGGAUCAAUCAUGCCAGACUCAGCCCUCAAAAGAGACGGAAUCAUCAUCAGGAGAUGAUCGAUACAAACGUCUUUACAAAGAAAAAUGUGCCAUAGAGAGAAUGUGUGAGGAUAAACAAGAGUUGAUUCUGUCUCUAGAGAAAAGGCUAAUAGGACUUAAUGAAACACUUCAGAAGGUCAGAGACGGAUUCCUGGAGAAAUCAGCUGAUGUGGAGGCUCUGCAGAGGAAAACUGAUGAUCAGGCUAAAUCUAUGGAUGGUAUGCUGCGGCAGAUUAUUGAAAAAGACAGAGAAAUAACCUCACUAAAGGCAGAGCUUGAAAAACUCUCCCAGAAGUCCCCUGUGCUGCUGAAGACUAAGAAAGGCCUCCUUGCCAACCUCAAGGAGGCGGUCAUUUCUCCACGAAAGGAAGCAACAACGCGAACUCUGAGGAAAACAAUGAAGACUGCACACCGCUGAGGGUCUACAAGUUGCAGAGUUUGACAACAUGAUCCCCCAAAG